CAAAGUGUGCACUGAAAAAAAAUUUAAUUUGAAUAUUCAUAGGAACAUCCAAAUGUACAUCCAAAUUCGCUUUGUUCGAACGGCAGACUCCAGUUUGUAUUGUGGAUAAAUAGCUGCCACAUUUCGAAGUUCAAUCAACAAUUUCUUUCACGUGUGAAAAUUAAAUCUUUCCACUUGAGGAAACUUUGAAGAUGUGGCUGCUGCUGCUGUUUGGGUGCUGCAUGGGCUUCCAACAACUGAUUGUGAGCAAUCCCUACAUGUCCUUCAUUACACACCUGAUCAGAUUUCAGAGUCAAGACAAUAUCAUUGUGUCGCCUGCCUCAUUCCACGACGGCCUAAUACACUUAUUAAUGGGCACAAGGGGUUCAAGUGCCGCCGAGAUGAUGGGAACGCUGCAGCUAAACGAACAGAAACUGAACGAGUAUCUGAAGAAAAACAUCUCCAGCAAAUACAUCUAUAAUUCGACUCUAAAAAUGUUCAAUCAGUUGUACGUGGACCGUCGAAUGUGGCUGCUGGAUCGGUACAAGCAGGAUAUAAACAGGUAUUUCAAUACAAAAGUCGAGCAUAUGAACUUCGGGAGCAUAGAUAACACCGUGGACACCAUCAACGGAUGGAUAGACAAGAAAACGGGGGAGAAAGUCAAAGAUAUGCUGGGCUGGGUUGAUCCCGAAUCACAAAUGGUGCUGGUCACUGCCUUAGACUUCUAUGGCGAGUGGGAGAAGCCCUUCGACCCGAACCAGACCACAAAGGAGGUCUUCGAAACUCAGCAACGAAGUGGAGGAGACGACGGUCCCCCAUCCCUGGUGGACAUGAUGCACAUUAAGGAUAAGUUUUCGCAUGAAUACAUAGAAAAGCUCUGUGCCUAUGUGAUAUUCUUGCCCUACAAAAAGUCGAACCUUUCAAUGGUCGUACUGCUGCCGAGAGAUUCCAACGGCCUUUACUACAUUACCAGAAAUAUCCAUGAGAUAGAUCUGCAAGAACUUGUGCCCACUGAACCACCAACGGAAAUUGAACUCAGUUUUCCCAGAUUCAAAAUUGAAUACAGAUCGGAUGUGUCGAAUAUCAUCAAGUCCAUGGGUAUUCGCAAGAUAUUUUCGAACAGCGCCAACUUCAGUGGCCUCACCCGACAGGAGGGUCUGCGCCUCAAUCAGUUUAUUCACAAAAUUCAUAUCCUGGUGGACGAAGGGGGCCACAAUGCGUCUGCCUCCUCGGCCUCUGUUCAGUUGAAAAAGAAAUUGGUCAAGAGAAGCGUCGCAGCUCAAAGUUUCACAGUCAAUCAUCCGUUUUUCUUUCUAAUCAAAGAUAAGAAGAGAAUAUAUGUGGCAGGAAUUGUUAAUAGAAUACCAUAAAUAUACCUUGAACAGAAAUCUUUAGUUUCUUAAUGCAAAUUCAGGUACACAAUAGUUAAUAUUCUCUAACUAAUCAGUUUCGAUAUAUGUUCGCUUCGCCUAUUAUAUGUUAAAGAUUUAAAGUCUUUUAAAAAAGAGCGCUUCUUAGGUCAUUUAAACCUAGAGGAAUCCUUCAGCGAACUGGGCAAGCGAUAUGAGAAGGUCACAGUUCUGGAUGGCCAAUCGAUUGUUCUUAUCAAAUGUGCUGCCAGUGCGGGAGGAAUCUUUAAAGUUCGGCAAUUGGAAGUGGAUGUUUCGGGCCGUAUCAACAACUGUCGGGCCAAUGUGUUUGGGGAGCCGAAAACCAAUGUAGUAGAGACCCAGGAGCUAGGCACCGGUACACAGGGGAUUGCCAUCCGUGGGAUCACGGUCAAUGUCCAUUGGCGUCACCGUCACCGCUUCGAGAUCCUGCACAUGACCAACUUUGCCACCAGGGAUCUGGU